CCGGGUCAGGGAGAGAGGGGAGGGAGCAAUGGCCUCAGUGCCCCUGUACUGUGUCUGUCGCCUCCCGUACGAUGUGACCAGAUUCAUGAUAGAGUGUGACCUCUGUCAGGACUGGUUCCAUGGCAGCUGCGUGGGGGUGGAAGAGGAUGAGGCGGCAGAGAUCGACCUGUAUCACUGUCCCAGCUGUGAGGAGGUUCAUGGCCCGUCCAUCAUGAAGCGUCGGAGAGUGUCGCUGAGGCCGGAUCGCCUGAGUACCCCAGUCCGGACUCAGCCUGUCCAGACAGGGACUCCCACCUUCAUCAAAGAGCUGUGUAGCAGGACCUUUCCAAGUGCGGACGAUGUGAUUCUCCGGCCGACAGGGUACCAGCUGACCGUGGAGUAUUUGGAGGAGAAUUCCUUCAGUGUGCCCAUCCUGGUCGCCAAGAAGGAUGGCCUGGGAAUGAUGGUCCCAUCCAGUUCCUUCACUGUCACCGACGUGGAGCGCUUCGUGGGCUCUGAGAAGAUCAUCGAUGUUAUCGAUGUUGCCCGUCAGGCAGAUUGCAAGAUGAAACUGGGUGACUUUGUGAAGUAUUACACCAGCAGCAACCGACACAAGGUGCUCAACGUCAUCAGCCUGGAAUUCUCCGACACCAGACUGUCCAAUCUGGUGGAGACCCCGAAGUUGGUGAGGAAACUGUCUUGGGUGGAGAAUCUCUGGCCGGAAUCCUCCCUGUUUGAGCGGCCGAGUGUUCAGAAGUACUGCCUGAUGGGUGUUCAGGAUAGUUACACGGACUUCCACAUCGACUUCGGUGGCACCUCAGUCUGGUACCACGUCCUGAAGGGGGAGAAGGUGUUUUACCUGAUCAGACCCAGCCCUGCGAACCUGGCGUUGUUUGAACACUGGAGCUCCUCCAACAACCAGAAUGAGAUGUUCUUCGGUGACCAGGUGGACAGGUGUUACACGUGCUCUGUCAGUCAAGGCCAGACUCUGUUCAUCCCCACAGGUUGGAUCCACGCGGUGCUCACCCCUGUGGAUUGUAUUGCCUUUGGGGGGAAUUUCCUGCACAGCCUCAACAUUGAAAUGCAGCUGAAGGCCUAUGAGAUUGAGAAGCGAUUAAACACCGCUGACCUGUUCAAGUUCCCGAACUUUGAGACCAUCUGCUGGUACGUUGGCAAACACCUGCUGGACACCUUCAGAGGUCUCCGGGAGAACCAGCGCCACCCUGCCAGCUACCUGGUACACGGUGCCAGAUCGCUCAACGUGGCCUUCCGCUCCUGGACCAAGAAGGAGGUACUCCUCCCUCCACCCUCCAUCCCUCG